AUGACUCCUCCCAACUUUUCAAGUCUGAACUUUCUUUUUCGAAAGUGCGUUGAAUGCAUAUUUAACGACAGGGGGUGCCCGGGUGAUCGCGGAACAUUGUUAUUGUGGUCACCGCUUGCAGCUGAUUCUUUUCGUACACGCGUUUGAGGGGGAGGGAACGGUUUACGGAGUUAAGCUGGAGUUUGCUUGGGCUUCAUCAGUCGACAUUGUCUGGGACCAUGCGCCUCGCCCUGAAACCACCGCACUCACUACCGUGAAGAGGAAGUAAAGCGGACGGAUGAGCACUCUAUUCUGCAUCUUCGUUCUAAGUCUCACUACUCUGUCGCUUAUGCGGUUCACUCUAUUCACACAGAGAAGGCAAGUGAAACGAAUUUAUUUCAACUAUUACCACCACCUUAAUUUGGACUGCCAUAUUUUCACAUUCAUUAACACCGAGACUGGGAUUUCCUUGCUCUUACUAUGCAGCCUUGCCAUGUGUCUUCCAAAAGCAGAUGGUGCCGACUCUCAUAGAGCAAGGAAAGUGAAGAGAUCUGCCGAACUGGAAGAAAUCUUAAAAGUACUGAAAAAUAUUCACAAUCAAGUGGUGAACCUUUCUUGUGAUAAUUUGAAAAUAAAAACUACUUCGGAGGUGUCCGAAUUGAGGUUAUACACACCUGCAGAUGUAACUGAUGACUGUUUGGAAACUGCAUUCAAAUGCUUCAUUUCAGAGUUGUUCGUUGUAGACUAUGAAUACAAACUUGACUGUCCUGAAAUAGCUGCAUUAGGCAUCAUAUUUACAAACGCCAAUGGAUAUAAUAAACGUGCCGAGGGCUGUACGACAUGUGAGGAAUUUCAAGAAAAAAGUGUAAGAGAAUUUCUAAAAGCCUUUGAAGAUCUUGUACAAAGGAAUUUGAAGAAAAAACAGUAACUCUAUUUAGCAUGUAAAUAGUGAAUUGUGAAUAUUAUCUGUAAAUAAUUGUAAAUAGUCAUAAAUAUUGAAUUUUAUAUUUAACUUAAUGUCAAUUUUCUCACUGUACAAAAUUCUAUGUGAAUAUUGCUUAUUUUUAUAAGAAUUAAUCAAUUUUGUUUUCAUUUUAUUCAAUUCACUGUUCAAUUAGGAAUGAAGUUAAUUUGAGCAAUGCAAAGGAACUUUGAAUUAAAUUCUACGUCCAUUUUUAAAAAAAAAACUUUCAUCACAGCUGUGCCAUAUUGAUAUUCUAGCCUGGGUGAAGAGUUAGGUAGCAGUUACUACAAGUCCAGUAUUUUUGUUAUUCAUGUAAUUUAGAAAAGUAUUUUAUAUGCACUUAAUUUUAAAACUGAUGCAAAAUGUUUCAAUGUUAAGUAUACACAGAUCCCAAGAGGAAUGGAUACAGUACAGAAGGAUAAUAUUAAUGACAAUUUACCUGGGUGACUAAUGUAGUAUGAGCCUCUUUUAACACUCUUAGUCCAAAGAGUAACUUUGCUUUUGGUUUAAGUCUUAUUGUGUGGGCAUGUCGUUCAUGUAUUCUGAAAGGGGCACAAUUGGAAGAGCUAAGAUGAUGCCUUUGAUUUAAACAGGUCAAUAAUAAGCAUGAAAGCAUUGGUUUUCAAAUCAUAAUGCUGAUGGAAACCCAUUCAUUUCAAAAGGUCAUAGAUGACAAAGGCAGUUGUUUUAAUUGCUUCAAAUGUAACCAUGAAAUUGAGAAUAAUAUUUUUAUCAUUCUUCAUAAAUAUUUUAUGCUAUGUGUCAUAAUAAAAUUUCUGGAAAUUAUGUUUCAUUGAGAAUUAUUUUACAAGUGUGCUCUUCAGAAAUAAACGUAACUGGGAACAUUUGGAUUAAUCAAAUAUGAUAACUUCUCACAUUCUGUUUUUAAGAUUUACUUAAAAAAGCUUUUUUUUACCCCACCAAAGCAUAAAUGACUCCUGUUUUCUGCCAGUUUUAUGGUAGCUACACUACAUUUUCCACUUUUUGUUUUGAAAGUUGUUCUUUCCACGUCCUUUGUUGCCAUGUCUUGCCUUAACUUGAAUUUUGUGUGUAUGUAAAGAAACGUUCCCUUGAGAGGCCUUCACAAUAAAUGUAAAACUGCAAGAUGUAAGAACCAGCAACAAUUUAUAAAAUUAGCUAAUUAAUGCUUAGUUUAUUUAUAUGUAUAUUUUGCCUGAUUACACUAGUUUAUAUUUGUAAUUGGGCACAUAAAUGAGCAAUAGAAUUAUUAACUCGUGCAGUGUUAACCAGUUACAGUGAUUCUUAAUGCCCAAUGCACUAUACAUUUCAUGCUUGACUGUAUUACACAGAUCAUUUACAGACCUACAUUUUAUUUAAUACAGGAUACAACUGUGUAACUAGAUGAUUUAGGGUUUCGUAGCACGUGAACUCAUUGGACUUUCUCACUAAAUGGCAUUCCUCACGAAGAAUAAGGCAUUGUUUGUCAUUCAUAAUUGAGUCUGUUCAUGCUCCAAUAACUGUUAAUUAUACACAGCAUCUAGAAGCUGUUAAAAUAUGUCCUAGAUAGUGGCAAUAUUCCACAGAAAUAGCCAUUUAUAUAUACAUCUUGAAUGUUUGCAAAGCCAGCUCUUCAGCUUAACCCAACUUGGAAAAUUUAUUGGUGCAAAAUUCAAAUAUAUUGCAGUGAUUUUGUUUUGAUAGAUCUAAGAAAAUGGGUUGAAGUUAUAUAGAUGUAUUUUUUUCCUGGAAAACAUUCACAGCUUUUGUUCCCAGUAGUGUGUUUGAAAGUAUAAUUUUGAUUGGAAAACAUGUUUCAAGUAAAAGUCAUCAUUACUAUUGUCUAAACUAAGUUCAGAGACAUUUAAGACAAAGCACAAUUAUUCUACUGGUGUUUUAAAAACUAAGGAAUACUAUUUAAGUGACUUUCUAAUAAAGUCCAAAAUUAUACCUUUUUUCCCCCACCUGAUUUCAGUAUUGAUGGGAUAUGAGACCACACUUGGAGAACUAUUUAAAAUAAGUAAACUCAAACUGUGAUUGCUUUGGAGUCAGUACAAAGAAGAUUGGCUUCAUUGAUUCCUUGGAAGAAUGUUGUUUUAUGAGAAAAUGUUGAUCAGAUUGAGUCUAUAGUUUUUAUAUUUAAAAAAAUGAAAGGUAAUCCAAACAUAAGAUUCUGAGGCAUGUGCUAAGAAGAUAGAGUGAAAUUGGAGUGACAGACAUGGUUUGGGAAGAGUGAGUCAUCCAUUAAAGACAAAGUUGAGGAGGAAUUCCUUCUCUGAAAGUCAUAAAUAUCUGGAAUGCUCUAUCCUAGGAAAUGGAUGACUUGUACAAAUUUUUAAUCUUUAUGGAACUUGAAGGUUCUGGGAAACACUCAGGAAUGGUCAUAAUAGUGAAAUUUGUACAUACCUGGCAAACAUGGCAGAGGCUGUGGUGGAAGUAGAUAGUUUGAUAGCAAGAGUUUAAGAGCAAUUUAGAUAGACCCAUGAAUAUGCAGGGUACCGAGGGUUAACGGUCAUAUGCAGACCGUAAGAAUUCACUUAAUUUGGCUUCAUGAUUAGCACAGAUGCUGUUGGCCGUGGGUCACCACCAGCUGCUGUACUGAAAUCAGAUGGGCUGUAGUAUUGAAUAACAGCAGGCUGAAGAGGGAUCCUGCUCCUCCUAAUGUCCAAUCUUCACAAAUAGUUCUGAAGGAUAAGGCUGGAGGAGGUACAGAAAGUGGAAAGCAAUCUUGUAUUAAUGCAGAUCCCAUUUUAAAAAGAAGUAGAAGUUUCUGAUGUCAAUUUCAGACAACUUAAAUUUACACCAAGCUUUAGGCGAGAUUAAAUCUGAUGACUGAAAGCCUGGUCAGUGAGGUAGGUUUUACAUUGCAUCUCAAGAGGAGGGAGGGAGAGAUAUGGGUAGCCAGAAGUUGUGGGAUGGCACAGGCUAUGAGUUAGUUAAAAUCCUGGGGCCUCCUUCCCAUGUAGGCUUGCUCUCUAUGUGAAACAGAAAUGCUGCAACACUAAAACAACGUAAAAUCAUCUAUAAUGUCAGCAUUUUGUUAAGCUGCUUUUGUACAGUAAAUCCAGCUUUAAACUGCUGUUAGAAAGUGUGUCCUGUAUGCAUAUGUACGAUAGCAGUAACCUAGUGUUUUGUAUAAGACUAUGGUUGAAAUUCAAUUUAUGAGAUCUACUUUACCUUUCAUGCCAAUAAAACAGUUAAUCAAAGUG